AUAAUAAUAGUAAUAAUUAGUAAAUCAAAGAAUCGCCGAAAUAGAAUGUGAGAAUCUGUAGAGGGUCGAAUGCGAGGGUAAACCCGAAAGAGUAAAAGGGGCGCUGUGACGAUUUCAAGAGGAAAUCGGCUUAAUAGCAGCCAUGGCGCUAAUGGAUCUAAUUACGCGUUCGCGCGUUAUGAAAAACAGACGACCACUGGUCGACAUCGAUCUGUCGAUGUAUCGGAUUCAUCGCGAGAUAAUUAUAUCUUUUACGCAAACGAUCGGUUACGUUUUUGGGAAUGAACGAGGAAAUCCCUGCACGAGUCAGGCAUAUGGAUAUUUAAUAUCUUACUUUCAAGAUAACCAUUGAUGACACAGUGGUGUCAAUAAGUCAAGGACACAUAUGAAAACUUAACAAUUCUUCAAUUUUCAUAUUUUCUAUUAUCCUGAAAUUUCAUUAACUCCCAAUGUUGAUAUUUCCAAAUGUCUCCAUCUCCCCAUCCCUAGAUCCUCGAAUGUCUACUUAGUAAAAACCGCAGAUUUUCAAAUCUCAAGACCCCCAAAUUCAACCUAGACCCUUAAAUCCAAGGUAACGAUCGAAAGAAAAGCACAAAUGCAAGACAUAAAUCAUUCGAACAAAAGACAUUGAGCUUCACGAACACAAGGUCAAGACAUUGCAUCGCGCUCUCUUAGCUGCAGCGUGUAUUCCUGACUCCUUGAAUUGAAUGCAAAAUAUGUACACGGUAUCUAAGGUCAGUCUUGCUCGACACGGAUAAACGUACUACAAGCGAUUCAGUCGCUAGUGCCACUGACUUCCAAGUAUUUUAUCGGUGUUGCUUCUUUUCCUUGCUCUAGGUCAAAGUCAUCGUGCUAUACCGAUACGUGUAAAACGCUUCGAGUCAAUACGAAGCUCAGAGGUGUCUCUUUUAACCCUUUGUCUGUCGGUGAUUAAUCAAACUAAAUUGCCAUUCGGUAUUAGACAUACAGUGUUAAAGUAUUUCCUAAAUUACUUAAAAUAAUCAUUGUUUACAAGAUAUUGAGUCACGAGUGCAUAUAGGCAGGCGUAGAUAGCGUUGAAAUGAUCGGCAAAGAACUACAUCGAUUUCUUAUAGAAAAACAACGAGAACAUAACGAAGAAAAAACAUGAAGGAAGCGUGCUGUAUAAGAGCUGGGCCGACACGCGAAUUUGGUACAGGGGAAAAAAGCAAGAAUUCAUGGGUAUCGGUCGUCGGGGGGCCACGUGCUCCAACGUUCGCCAAAUGCGAUCUGGACCCUCGAGGAAGGAGGAUCCUCGUUAUAAUACUUACGAUGGUACUUAGGACUUUCAGUUUCCGGGUAUUAACCAGAACAAAUUUCUUCACGAAUUAACAACAUUCGAAGGAAUUGCUUAAAAUACAGGUAUUGCAAAUAGCAUCGCCAAAAUGAGAAAUCGAGAUGAUUUCGACAAAAGGGAUGUAGCUCCGUUUUUCAGUUCCCACGACUGUCAAAAAGGAUCUGAAACUAUGAAUCUCGUGGCAAGUACGCGACUGUCUUCGUCUCGCUAAAAUCUCGCGAUAGACAGAUUAUCUGCGAAAGGAUUAGGUGAUAAUCGAGUUGUUAACCGUCCAAUUAGCCAGGAAGCCGUUUUGCUGGCGCGUCUGCCGGUGUUCUGGGAUCGGCCGCCUCGAUCCCUGGGGAGAUGCCCGGUGACGGCACCGGGUGGCACAGCCUCGAUUAUCUCGAGCCGUGUGCCUUGUCACACGAGACUGUCCGCGUCUUUUCUGGAUCGAGAUCAUCCAGUCGCUGCAGUCUGCACGCGUUCCUCGAUCGCGAAGCUACCGAGAGGGUUCGAGAGGGUGAAUCCACGCGCUUUCUUUCCGAGGACCCUUCGUUACCUCUCGAGGAAAUAACAACGAACAAAUUAAUUAUCGCUAGCAACGAAUCACUAUUAUCGCCUAUAUGAUCAAUUAUUAUUGUUGUUUUCGCCGAUUAUUUUUGACAAAGGAAAAUUUAUGUUUUGUUUUCGAAAAACGGAUAAAAAUUUAUAAACUUGGUGGUAGUUUCUUUGGAUUGAUUCUUGUUACGAUGUGCCGAUUGAAAGAACUGUGAGACUCUUUGUGGUACUUUCGGGAAAAAGACGCCGAUUUGCUUGUCGCGUGGUGUCGGAACCUUGCAACGCCGGCAAUCGGAAGUGAUAAUGCGCGGAGGAAGUCAAGACAGUGACUAAUGGCGGAGUAAUUGCAUAUGUAUCACAAUUGAAAUAAAAGGAGACAGACGAAAGAAAGUAAUAAAAAAGGGAUAAUUGUAGUGUCCUGUUCGUUUUGCGAGAACUGAAAUUUUCUAUAUUAAAUCGCUGCAAAAUGAUUGAAGAUGCUGCGAUGUACGACAUAUAGAGCGUUCGAGGCACAUGAUUUAUUGUUUCGCAUCGUCGCAACCAGAGAUUAAUCCAAGACGAACAACCUGGUGCUCCAUGACGGACGAGCUGUUGUUCUCUGCUUUGGGUUUGACGACGGACACUAGUGUCGAGAGGCAACUGUUCGCAAGCUCCAACACCCUUAGCUGCGACUACGAACCAUCAUCUUGCAGGACCAGCCCUGACAGUGACUAUUCGGAGACUAUCGAUAAUCGUUCGAAUAAUUUUCAUAAUUCUAUACAGUGUUACACGGACUUGACUUGUCCAGCGAAAACCUCUUGGAGCGAAUGGUCAGACAAUACCUCUACGUCUUUGUCAGGCUGUUUAAGCGAACUGAGCGAAUUGGACUCCGAACUGGAAUGGUGUUUAGACAAAAGUUGGAAUUCUGGUCUUCCAGAAAGGACACCGUUAUGCACCGCAGGAUGCGAAGGUUUCUUACACCUGCCAUUACCAAAUCCUCAACAAGCUUUUCAAAACGAAGAACCAUUAUGGGUGCUUGGCAUCGAUUUAAGAGCACUUGAUGAUACCAUGGAAACGAGUGGAAUUGAUUACAAUAACAACCAGGUAGAGGAGAACCUCAUCUCGACAGCAGCUGCCGCAGCACUAGCAACUCAUGAUUAUACUAAUCGUAGUUUAGCGAAUGCAGCAGAAGAUAGAUGCUUUCCCUGCACUUAUCAAGGAUGCGUAAAGGUGUACGCAAAAGCGUCCCACCUAAAAGCUCAUCUUCGUCGACACACGGGCGAGAAACCAUUCGCCUGCACGUGGUCCGGAUGCGGUUGGCGUUUCAGUCGGUCAGACGAAUUAGCGAGGCAUCGACGUUCUCAUUCGGGAAUUAAACCGUAUCCUUGCGAGAUGUGUUCGAAGAGAUUCGCGCGCAGUGACCACUUGGCCAAACAUCGGAAAGUGCACAGAAAAAACGCGUAUCCAUUGUUCCACGCAGGUAGAGGUUUACGAGGCGGAAAAAUGAACGUGGUACCAACGGAAAUUUAGUCAAUUGUUAUGGAAUAAUGUGAUUUUCGACCACAGCGUCUCGAACGAAUUUUCUUUGCAUUUCUCCAUUCCUUCCUUUCUUAAUGUACUUAAUUGAUACGUCACCGACAACCUCGAUUCAUCAAUGACGAAACUAAAAUCGUUCUUUCAAUGGUUUUUUUGAUGCUGGUGUAAAAUGUAAUGAAAAUAAACGAACAAUUGUUGCACGAGCUCGACAGAAGGAAUUAAACAAUGUUAAGAUAAAGUAGCUUAUCUUUAAGACAGUGAUGACAAACUUUAAGUGAAAAUAAACAUGACGUUGAAAAUA